CAUGGAUGAAUUCAAACAAAGAGUCAUAGUUUCUGAGUUCUGUUUGCUUAAGAUAACAGUACGUAUGUCUUGCUUUGGCUAAUAAUGGUGUGAACAUGGACAGGUGUGCAUGUGGUAUUAUACUGAGAUAGGAUAUAUAAGUUGUGGACUUCCAGGUAUCUCGGUCAUAACCACUCUGACAGCACCAGAAUGAUCGGCACUCUGUAUUUCUUAGUGCUGCUGAGCUCCGCAACGGCCUGGGGGCGUGUUGGCCUAUGGAGCAAGGGCAGUGCAAGGAAUGGGACAGGAGGGGACAUGUGUACCUGUGAUGCCUUCCUGCCCAGUACAACCUUUCCUAUUAAAGAUCUGGUGGUGGUAGAGCAGACAGCUGUGGAGAUCUCACACAAGGUGGAGCUGGAGAUGGGCAAGCUGGAAGACUAUGAAAUCAAGCUGACAUCAUAUGCUGAGAAGAUCAUACAAUUGUCAGCUGAAAUUAAUGUAAUGGAAAAGAACCCAGAUGACUACAAUGACGCCAACUUUGAGGACAAAAAGGUGGAGAUUAAGCAAAUGGAGGCCCUGAUUAAAGAACUGCAGCUCUCCAUCAAAAGCUCCACCACUGUCUUUGAGUCCCUGCGUGUACAGAUCACAGCCAUGGAGGAGACCUUGACGAGGCUGGAGAUUAGCUACGACAAGAACAUGGUCCUGAAGACCCGCCGAGAGUACUUGAAGGUGCAGCUGGAACUGGAGGAAUGCGAGAGACGCCACCAGGAGAUUUUCAGCCCCGACAUUGGCUCUUGUGCUCACACUGGUAUCAUCAAGGUCAGCAAACCCAUUGUAAGCCAGCUGAAUGCUCAUCUAAGCACUGGCUAUAUAUACGGAGGCUGGGGGAAAGAUUCGAAGCCCAUUCCAGAUAGAGAGUCUAUGUACUGGUACUCUGGCUACUCUAGUGCUCAAAUUCCUGACAUUAGGUUUUACGUCGACUACAAGAACCUCAUCUUGAGAAAACCCUUCCAGCAUUACACCUUACAUAGCAGCUGGAUUGGUAAAGGGAACAAUUUCGUCAUGCGUGAUAAUACUCUCUACUAUCAGAUAAACAGUCCAUUUGCAGUGGCCAAACUGAAUUUCACCACCAUGAGUUAUCAAAACAGGGUGAUCCCCGGAGCUAGCCUCAGCUUUUCUUAUGCUGGUUCCCCCAGUCAGAACUUGGACUUAAGUGCUGAUGAAACUGGCUUGUGGGUGACCUAUGCCACAGAGGAGUCUAGCGGUCGGUUGGUCAUUGCUAAAAUAAAUGAGGCUUCUUUUGGAAUAGAGGAGGAGUAUGUGACUAGUGUUUACAAACCAAGCCUGAGCAAUGCCUUCAUGGUGUGUGGUGUUCUGUAUGCAGUCAGGACAGUUGAUAUCCUGAACGAAGAGAUAUUUUACAAGUAUGACACCAAAACCAAAGAGGAAAGCUACAUGAGUGUUCUCUUUGAGAGGUUCCAGGAUAAGUUCUCCAGCCUGGACUACAAUCCAACUGACCAGAAGCUCUACAUGUACAAUGAUGGCUACUAUGUUAACUACCAUCUGUGGUUUAACCACACAACUAAAGCCACCAUGUAGCCUCCUUAUCUUGUGAGCUACAUCAUUUUCUGUGAUUCAGUGAAAUGUUAUACCUUACAAAUGAAACAAUCAUUGUCUAUCUCCCUUUUUCCUUCUCCUUGAUGAUUAAUAAAUGAUUUUAAGCAUUA